GUUCACGGUGUUGAUGUUUAUCUUAUCUUGAAGUACUUGCCUAUCAUGUUAUGGUUAUGAUAGGUUUGUUUUAUGUGUACAUUGUGCUUGAAGUAGACAUGUUCUAAUAUAAAUCGAUAUAAAAAUAAAAAUAUAGUUAAAAUAAUAUCCGAUAAAAUACGAAUUAAUUUUAAAGCAUUCUGUAUUUAACUGACACUAUGGCAAAGAUCGUUGUUGUUGGAUCUUGUAUGAUCGAUUUAACUUGCUUUUCUCCAAGACUACCAAAAUGUGGAGAAACAAUUCAUGGGACAUGUUUUCAAAGAGAUUUUGGGGGUAAGGGUGCUAACCAGUGCAUUGCAGCCACGCGUCUAGGAGCAGAGACUGCUUUAGUUGCUUGUCUUGGUGACGAUAUUUUUGGAAAGGAGUACUUGGGCCAUUUACGUAAAAACAAUGUUGAUACUAAACAUGUGUCUCUAAUUGAAGGGGAAUCUUGUGGAAUUGCUCAAAUCUCCGUGGCAGAUAGUGGAGACAAUCACAUAAUCAUUGUAGCAGGAGCUAACAAUCGUUUGAGUGCCCAAGAAAUAACAAAUGCUUCUGGAUUACUGUCCACAGCUGAAGUGGUGGUUUUUCAGUUUGAGACCCCACUAACAACCACUGUUAAGGCUCUUAAAUACUGCAAACAAAACAACCCUGCUGGUAUUACAAUAGUAAACGCUUCUCCAGUCAGUCAAUCAGUAGAUCCAGAACUGUACAAGUACACAGACAUUCUGUGCAUUAAUGAAACAGAGGCCCAGAUGAUGACAGGGCUGCCAACAGAAACCAAAAUCCAAUGUGAGGUCGCAUUGGCACACCUGCUGGAUCUCGGCUGUGCCUCGGUGAUCAUCACACUGGGUAAGGAUGGUGCCAUGUUUGCCUCAUGUGAACAUCGUGCUGUACAGUAUGAGCCUGGCACUCCAGUCGCCAGCCCUGUUGAUACCACGGGCGCAGGUGAUGCGUUUCUGGGAGCACUUGCCUUUUUGUUGGCGUACCGCAGUGAAUGGCCCUUGAAGCGUAAAGUUCAAGUGUCCUGUAGUGUUGCAGCUCGCUCUAUCAUGAAGAGAGGGACUCAGUCCAGCUUCCCUUAUGCCAAGGACUUGCCACCAGCAUGGCUCUCAGACUGAUCUGCUCUGUUACAUAAUAAUUAUAACAAAGGGGAAUAAUAUGUUAGCGUAGUUGGGUCAAAUAAAAUCGAGGCUGUUGAAGAUA